AAUAUUAAUGCAUGUUGGAAAUGGAAAAGUAAUUCCUGGUAUGAAUGUUUAUGGUGGGCCAGGUUUGACUCCAAGUAAAUUGUAUCCUCUAAUUAAUUCUGGUGGUGAAGGUACUGGAGAUGGUUACUCUAGUUCAUUAUGUUUAGAAGGUUCUUUAGAUCCUAAAUUUGUUAAGGGCAAAAUAGUGGUAUGUGACAGAGGAAUAAAUUCAAGAGCAGCUAAAGGUGAUGUUGUUAAGAAAGCAGGAGGUGUAACAGUGAUUUUAGCUAAUGGGGUUUUUGAUGGUGAAGGUUUAGUUGCAGAUUGUCAUGUACUGCCUGCUACUGCUGUUGGAGCUUCUGGUGGUGAUGAAAUUAGAAGGUAUAUUUCUGUUUCUUCUAAAUCAAACACACCACCUGCUGCUACUAUUGUUUUUAAAGGUACUAGACUUGGCAUUAGGCCUGCACCUGUUGUUGCUUCAUUUUAUGCAAGAGGUCCUAAUCCUGAAUCCCCUGAAAUUUUAAAACCUGAUGUUAUUGCUCCUGGUUUGAAUAUUCUUGCUGCUUGGCCUGAUAAAGUUGGACCCUCUAGCGUUCCAACUGAUAACCGAAGAACUGAAUUCAACAUUCUUUCUGGAACUUCAAUGGCCUGUCCUCAUGUUUCUGGUUGCAAGGCUGCACACCCAGAUUGGAGUCCAGCUGCUAUAAGGUCAGCCUUAAUGACCACUGCUUAUACAGUCGAUAAUCGCGGGGAAACAAUGCUUGACGAGUCUAAUGGAAAUACUUCAACUGUGAUGGAUUUUAGUUCUGGUCAUGUUCAUCCACAAAAGGCCAUGGAUCCUGGCUUAGUUUACGAUGCAUCAACACUUGAUUAUGUUGAUUUUCUCUGCAACUCAAAUUAUACUAUUAACAACAUUCAAGUUGAAAGAAGGAAAGCAGAUUGCAAUGGAGCAAAAAGAGCAGGUCAUUCAGGAAACUUGAAUUACCCAUCAAUAUCUGCUGUAUUUCAACAGUAUGGGAAGCAUAAAAUGUCUACACAUUUCAUUAGAACAGUAACUAAUGUUGGGGAUCCAAAUUCUGUAUAUAAAGUUACAAUCAAGCCACCAGGUGGGGUUAAUGUCACAGUAGAGCCAGAAAAGCUUGUAUUUAGAAGAGUUGGGCAAAACUUGAGCUUUCUUGUUAGAGUAGCAAGUAGGGCAGUGAAAUUAUCACCUGGAGGGUCAAGCAUAAGAAGUGGCUUAAUAGUUUGGUCAGAUGGGAAGCAUACAGUGACCAGCCCUCUAGCUGUUACAAUGCAGCAACCUCUUUAGGAAUUUCGCUUUAUAUUUGGGUAUUCUGUAGGUUUAUAUAUAAAUAUUUACAUAUGUCAUAUCUUUAUGUACAAAGAGAAAUGUAUGAGGAGGGUUUAAGGUUUUCUAUAUCAGAAAGUAAGAGUUUGGCAA